AUGUUCAAGUUAUUUUCAACAAUUAGAUUGAUUAAUACAAAUGUCUUGUCAUCAUCCAAAAGAUUAUUUCAUUUGACGCAAGUCGUAGGAUUAAAAAAAAUUACGGAAAAAGUUGAAGGCAAUGUGAUAACAUACGAAGGAGAAUAUAUUAAUGAUAAUGAUAAGAAUAUUUUAAAACUAUCUGGACCAGUAGAAGUUUGUAAUUGGUGUAAACUUGAUCGUCGAUCUGUUCAUAUUCAACAUACAGAUAUUCUUGUACUUCGUCAAUAUAUUCGAAAAGAUGGUACAAUCCUUCCUCCUGAAAUAACUGGUUUAUGUCCAAAACAAAAUGAUAAAUUACAUACAUUAAUAAGACAAGCACGAAUGACUGGUUUAAUAUCAUAUCCAACUGUCGCUGUUACUAAACGUGAACCACUUUUAGUUGAUCCAACUUUAAGACCUGAAUUUGAACAAUAUAAUUCAUAUUGGGAAAAAUAUGAAGUAUUAAAAAAGAAAGAUCAUUAUUUAGGACCAUAG